UAAUAUUUUUAUCAAUAUUUUACCGGUCAAUUGACUUUAAAUGACACAAAAGUUAAGAUGGUAGUCUGCAGUUUGGCUCAAGACAAUUUAGAUUUUUGCGAAGGAUACGAGAGUGAGAUGUCUGUUUUUGCCAACGAUAUCAAAGCGCAAAAGAUCUCCAAAUUCAGCUUUGAUAUUUGUGUAGUGAUUACGCCACUGAGGCCAAGAAAGCAUUGUGGAUGUUGCCAUUCAUUUCGCUGCAAAAAAAAACGAUUCCGACUACAUCUACAAUUAUGCCAUAAUACUUGAUGCCACUACUAUUUGUGACAAUGUCAAAAAUAGAAACAACAACCCGUAGCCCUUAGGACGCUGAAAAAGAAACCUUGCUGCCUGCAUGCAAUGCAAUUGGCGGCUCGGUAGUGAACUAUGCAGCGUCAGUGUGCUCUUGCCAAUUGGGAAACUAUAGUAAAUAAAACCCAGACUUGCCAGAUUGCUGUUCUUUAGGUCUCAUGCGGAAGACAAAGGUUCAGAAGAUACUGCUAAGAAAGUUGUGAUCUUAGCAGUAUCUACUGGCCUGUUAAAAUCAUCCUGUGGCAGAUAGGCAACCAACGCCACCGAUCCAGGACAAACAGCUAAAAAGUAUAUACUGUAUUAGUAUCAUCAAAUAUUAACUGAAUGAACCGAAAAAAAGCCCCAGGGAAUUUCUUACAGUGUACGGUCGGAUCGAUUUUUUGUAUGCCCGCGGGCAUUGUUUUAACCUUUUCAACGGUAUUGGUGUUGAUGUCUGAUAUAGAGCGAUGGGUGGUUCAGCGCUACAAAGGGGGGACCCCAGAAUCUAGGCCCGCCUAAUAUUUAGCUUGAUCUAGAAUCUAUGUGGUCUAUAGUAUACUGCCAAUUCUUUUUUAACAUUUGAUAAAUGAAUGCAAAUGCAAAUUUUGCCCAUGAGCAUUCCACUAGGGUAUAGGGGCAAACUUCUCACAUAUCAAUGAGUGCAGUCCGUUUUAAGUUUUAAGCUUAAUGAUAAGGGGCCUCCUUUUUAUAGCCAAGUCCGAACGGCGUGUCGCAGCGCGACACCUCUUUGGAGAGAAGUUUUACAUGGCAUAGUACCCCAUAAAUGUAGCCAGCAUUAGGAGGAGAAAACUACCACUGAAUAUUUUUUUCUGAUAGUCUCGCCAGGAUUCGAACCCAGGCGUUCAGCGUCAUAGGCGGACAUGCUAACCUCUGCGCUACGGUGGCCUCCUGUUAAUUGAAUUAUUUAAAAGUGAUGUUCAUUUCCUUGAGAGCGCAACUUAAUAUUUCUCAAAAUUAUUUCCAGCUGUCAGCCAGUUAUUAAAAGUGCAGUAAAGUGAUGUACUGUAUAAAGUACUGUAAUCAAAUUUACCAAGCGUUUCUGCUUGCCAUGAAGAGCUGUCACUUAUGUCAUAAACAAUACCAAGGCAAAACCAAUCAGCGCGUUGAAGUUUUCCCACAACGCUUGCUAGUUUUUCUUGGUGACCGAAGUAUAACGCGUGGUGGCAUAUUCGCCUGUAAUUACAGCUUUGAGUUGAUAAUAAAAUACAUGGAACUUCUAGCAUUUGAUAAUUAUUUAAAUUAUUAACAUAAGCUUUUCUAAAAUAUAAUCAUACAAACCUCGACCAAAAGCAACGCCCAAUAACAAAAUAAAUUUUAAUUUUGAUGGUGGCCAGAGAGCGUUGUUUUGUGCUGCCAUUCCUCAUAAAGUAGAAUUGAGAAGCUGUGCCACUACAAAAUAUGUUGGAAGAGGUGUAUAUCAAAGAUGAACCAGAGGAGCAGCAGGCUGUGGCCAGUACCAGAGGCAACAAUACCCAUCGGAUGCUUAGAAGAAAAGGUCCUGAAGUGCAUUACCUUCAUGAGGAGCCAAAUGGAUUGGAAGAGAAUUUCUUGAGAAAACAUAAGAUGGACAGUGAUAAUGAGCAAGUUGAGCGAGACGAAGAAUAUACAAAAAGGUCAUCCAAGUGGUCUACAAAUUCCAAAGAGGUUGAAAAGCUCAUCAAGGAAGUUAAAAAACAUAGUAUUUUGUACGCAAAAAACAAACGGGACAAUAAAAAUAUAUAUAAACGCAAACAGGCCUGGAAGACCAUCAGCAAAGCUACUGGCAUGUCGGAGUCCGAUUGCAGAGUGCGAUGGAAAAGUCUGCGUGAUCGUUAUUUAAGGGAAUGUAAAAUGAAAAUGGAAGAAGCUGUGGACAGCGGCUCCGAAACUACUGAAUGGCAGUGGCGUUUUUUUAAAAGCUUAGAAUUUCUUCAUGACCACUUGAUGCCGAAAGAGAAAACUUCAAAUAUAUCAAAAAAGCGACAACAUGCUGAUAAAUUGAAAGCUGAAUCAGAUUCGGAGUUAUCAAAUUCCGAAGAAUACAUAAUAGAUAGCAAUGAAGCUAAAGUGGACAAACUACUCAUCAAGGAAGUUAGAAAUCAUAAAAUUUUGUACGUUCAGAGACAUCUGGAAUUUAAAAAUGAUGCUAAACGUGCACAAGCAUGGCAGUCCAUCAGCAAAUCUGUUGGCUUUCCAGUAUCAUAUUGCCAAACACGUUGGAAAUGUUUGCGUUACCGUUUUGUUAAAGAAUAUAGGAAAAUCUGUCAUUCAAUGGACAGCAGCAGCAAUCAAAUACUUGGAAGUCAGUGGCCUUUUUAUGAAAGCAUGAGCUUCCUUUGCGACCACGUGGUGCCAAGACGAAAAUUGUCUUAUAUAUCAAGUCUACAGCAAGCGCCGACAGUCGUUUAUGAAUUGUCUGAUGAUGAAACUGAGCCAACAAAUGUUGAAGUAUUGCACUCCGAAGACUCGUUAAAUGGUACUGAUACGCUAAGCGAUCUACUAAUCGAAGAAGUUAAAAAACAUGAAGUUUUGUAUUCAAGAAAAAAUCCGUACCAUAAAAACAAAGUUAAACGAGCGGAGGCGUGGGUUGCCAUAAGCAAUUGUGUGGGCAUGACAGAGCUCGAUUGCCAAACACGAUGGCGAAGCAUGCGUGAUCGUUAUGUAAGGGAAUGUAAGAAAAUUCGUAACAAUGAAAUUACAGAAAGUCAGUGGCACUUAUUUAACAGCAUGAGCUUUCUAUGUGAUCAAUUGGGGCCCAAACGAAAAUCAUCGUCCAUAAAAAAGUCACUUCAAAACUCUGUUGAUAAGUUUGAUAAUGCUGAGCCAAAUGCUGAGUUAUUAAGUUCCCAAGUUUCUGAAAUAGAUAACGAAGAACUUGAAUCGCAAACCCAUUUACUAAUCGAGGAAGUUAGAAAACAUCAGUGUUUGUACGUCAAAAAACAUCCGGACUAUAAAAACAAAGUUAUACGAGCGGAUGCAUGGGCUUCCAUCAGCAAGUGUGUUGGCAUGACAGAGUCCGAAUGUCAAACACGAUGGAAAAGUAUGCGUGAUCAUUAUGUUAGGGAAUAUAAAAAAAUCCACGCCAAUCAAAUUACUGAAAGUCAAUAUCAUUCCUUUGACAGCAUGAGCUUUCUUGACGAUCAAGUAGCGGUAAAAAAGAUCAAAUCAAGAUCGAUUUCUGAAGGCUCAGACAUUUAUAACGAAGAACUUGAACCGCAAAGUGAUAUACUACUAAUCCAGGAAGUUAAAAAACAUGAGUUUUUGUACGUAAGAAAGCAUCCAGACCAUUGUAACAGAGUUAAACGAGCGAAGGCGUGGAUUUCCAUCAGCAAAUGUGUUGGCUUGACAGAAUCCGAAUGCAGCACUCGAUGGAAAAGUAUGCGUGAUCGUUAUGUUAGGGAAUAUAAUAAAAUCCGUUUCAAUGAAAUUUCUGAAAGUCAAUGGUACUUAUUUGACAGCAUGAGCUUUAUUAGUGAUCAAGUGGUGUGCAAACGAAAAUCUUCAUCAUUUAUACAACAACCACAUGACAACUCUGUUGAUGGGACUGAUGAUGAUGAGUCAAAUACUGAGAUUUCUAAAGUUUCGGAAAUGUAUAACGAAGAACCUGAAUCGCAGAGUGAUAUACUUCUAAUCAAGGAAGUUAAAAAACAUAAGCUUUUGUACGUAAGAAAACAUCCGCAAUAUGGUAACAAAGUUAAACGAGCGAUGGCGUGGGUAUCCAUCAGUAAAUCUGUUGGCAUGGAAGUAUCGGAAUGCCAAACACGAUGGAAAACUAUGCGUGAUCACUUUGUUAGAGAUUAUAAUAAAAUCCGUGGUAAUGAAAUUACAGAAAGUCAAUGGUACUUAUUUGACAGCAUGAGGUUUCUUUGCGACCAAGUGACGCCAAGAGCGAUCAUAUCAAGAUCGAUUUCUGAAGGCUCCGAAAUUUAUAACGAAGAACCUGAACCGCAAAGCGAUAUACUUUUAAUCAAGGAAGUUAAAAAACAUAAGCUUUUGUACAUAAAAAAACAUCCUGACCAUUGUAACAGUGUUAAACGAGCGGAGGCGUGGGUUUCCAUCAGCAAAGGUGUUGGCAUGAAAGAGUGCUAUUGCAAUAGACGAUGGAAAACUUUACGUGAUCGUUAUGUUAGGAAUUAUAAAAAAAUUCUUAAUAAUGAAAUUACUGAGUGUCAAUGGAACUUAUUUCAUAGCAUGAGCUUUCUUUGUGACCAAGUGGAGUACAGAAUAAAAUCAUCAUCAUUUAUACAAGAAUCACAAGACAACACUGUUGAUGAGUUUGAUGAUUCUGAACCAAAUGCUGAGAUAUUGAUUUCCAAAGUUUCGGAAAUGUAUGACGAAGAUCCUGAAUCGCAAAGCGAUAUACUACUAAUCGAGGAAGUAAAAAAACAUGAGCUUUUGUACGCAAGAAAACAUGGGGAAUAUUGUAACAAGGUUAAACGAGCGAUGGCGUGGGUUUCCAUCAGCAAAUGUGUUGGCAUACCAGAGUCCGAUUGCUAUACACGAUGGAAGAGUUUGCGUGAUCGCUAUGUUAGGGACUAUAAAAAAAUCUGUGCUAAUGAAAUCACUGAAAGUCAAUGGAACUUAUUUGAUCGCUUGAGCUUCCUUUGUGACCAUGUGGCGCCAAAAUGGAUCUUAUCAAGACCACCAAAGAAACAAGAAGCACUUCAUAAUUUUAAUGUUAAAUUUGAUGAGGCUGAGCCAAUUACUGAAGAUGGGGCUGAGCCAAAUACCGAAGGCUCGGAAAUGUACAAUGAAGAAUCUGAACCGAUGGUCGAAGUACUCAUCGAAGAAGUUAAAAAAAAUAAACUAAUAUACGCAAAAGACCAUCCGGACAAUAAAAACCGAUCUAAACGUGAGCAGGCAUGGCAGACGAUUAGUAGAAGUUGUGGUUUGCCAGUGCAUGUUUGCAAAGCUCGAUGGAAAAGUUUGCGUGAUUAUUAUGCUAAGGAAUUUCAUCAGAUCCAAGAUGCAUUGAAAGAAGGCUAUCAAGCUUUUGAAAGCGGUUGGUAUUUGUUUAAGACCAUGGACUUCCUCCGCGGACAUGCUACCCGAAGAAAAAAAAAGGAACCAGCACCUACACCAGUCAACAAAGAAUUUGAUAAUGAUGAUGAAUUAAAUGUUGAAAUGUUGAUUACGGAAGACUCGGUGGUAGAUUACGAUGACGCUGUAGCGCAAUCACCUCCCUUUUACGAGUAUAUUGAAGAGCAAACACAGCAGCAAACACCAAAACAUGAAUCUUAUCCUAACACAAAUUGGUAUCGAAAGAGAAGUAGCAGCUACAACGAUGUGUUAGAUGAGUUUCCAGAUGAAAUGUCAGCCACUGCUGAAAAGCGUUUAUGUAUUGAGGCCAAAGAAGCUCCGAACGAUAAUGAAAAUACGCAUGAGGGAUUUUUCCUCAUGAUUCGGGAACUUUUUAAAAAGAUGCCAGAAGAAGAUGUUGAUGAUUCCAAAAUUUACUUUCUCAACUAUUUACAUGCCAAGAUCAAGAAGAAAUGUUCAUAAAUGUUUUAUAGAUAUACAAACAAAAAAUCUAUGCGAGUAUGUGUUUGUAUGUAUUUAAGAUAUAAAUAUGCUAAAUACAAAUAUUGCUCACAAGUUUAUUUGAUCCAUAUAUACACCCAAAGAGCUUCAAACCGAUUUUCUUAUGUGUAUAUAGUACGUUAAGUAUUUGAAUAAAAUCCAUUUAGGAUCUCCAGUCCAGUUGUUUAUGUA